UUGCAAGGGAUAUGUUUCUGUCAUCAGAGGGCUAUUAUACAUCGCGAUUUGAAAUCGCAGAAUCUUCUAAUUGACCCACAAAAAGGUGUCAUUAAGCUUGCUGAUUUUGGCCUGGCACGAGCAGUCAAUGUCCCAGUGAGGGCUUAUACGCAAAAUGUUGCCAAGAAACCCGAACUGUUGAAACGCAGUUUGUGCGAAAUGAUGGUACGCCCUCUCUCUCAACUUACCGGUGAAUGCCGUGAUAUUGGAAGAAUUCGUUAUGAGUUUGGAGUGGAUAUCUGGAGCAUAGGUUGUAUUUUUGUUGAACUGGCAACCAAAAGUGCUCUGUUCCCGGGCGAUUCGGAAAUUGAUCAGAUAAUCCGCAUAUUCAGGCAUGCAAUGCUGGUAUACGAUCCAGCGCGGCGUAUUUCAGCGAAAAGACUUCUCAGGCAUGAGUACUUCAGUGACGUUGAUCGAAGUCUUCUUCCGGCUGGUGAUUAUGAUGGUAGUUCUCUAUGGUGA